AUGCCUUUAAACAAGCCAAACAAACUAUCACAAAUCGUAGACGCCGCCGCAUCAGGCAACUACGCCGUAGCCGCAACAUGCUGCUACAACAUCGAAGGCAUCAUCGCCACCGUCCGCGCAGCAGAAGCCCAAUCCUCCCCCGCCAUCAUCCAGCUCUUCCCCUGGGCCAUCGAAUACGCCGACGGGCUGCUCGUCCACGCGGCCGCCGAGGCAGCUCGCCAUGCAAAGGUCCCCAUCGGGGUACACAUGGACCACGCGCAGUCCCCGGACAUGAUCAAGCGGGCAGCUAACCUCGGCGGCUUCGACGGCAUCAUGGUCGACAUGAGCCACUACGAAAAGGAGGAGAACAUGGCGAAAACCAAGGAACUUGUGCAGUACUGCCACGAGAGAGGGAUAAUCACGGAGGCCGAACCGGGAAGGAUAGAAGGUGGUGAGGAUGGCGUGGCGGAUACGGCUGAGCUGGAGGCCGUGCUGACGACGCCGGAGCAGGCGGAGGAGUUUUUGGCCCUGGGGAUAGAUUGGCUUGCGCCGGCGUUUGGGAAUGUUCAUGGACAGUAUGGCGCCAAGGGGCCGCGGUUGGAUUAUGAGAGGUUGAAGGGGAUUCGGGAGGCAACGAAGGGGAGGGUGCAGUUGGUGUUGCAUGGGGCGAAUGGGUUUGAUGAGGAGUUGUUUAGGAAGUGUAUUGAGUGCGGGAUGGCAAAGUGUAAUAUUAAUGACGCUUUGAAUGGCGAGUUUAAGAGGGUGUUGAGGGAGAGGGUAGACAAGGUUCCUCUGACGACGUUGAUCGAGGAGGGGACCUUGGUGAUGCAGAAGGCUAUUGAGAGGCAUAUGAUUUGGAUGGGAUCAGCGGGGAAGGCGUAA